UAUGGUGGUAAUAUUCUUCACCAUCUCCCACCCUUCUUUUUUUGUUUCAUAUAUUCUUUCUUUAUCAUCAUGACCCUUGCUGGUAAAAUAAGCACUGAAAUUGGGGUUCAUGCAACUGCUGCAAAGUGGUUCAACCUCUACACAACCAAACUGCAUCAUGUUCAAAACCUUACUGAUAGAAUCCAUGGAGUCAAGCUGCAUCAUGGUCAUGACUGGCAUCGGAAUGAGUCCAUCAAACACUGGACUUACACCAUAGAAGGUAAGGUUAUAACAUGUUAUGAGAGCGUUGAGUCGGUUGAUGAAGCAAACAAAAGAAUCACAUACAAGCUCUUCAAUGGAGACAUAGAUUCGCAGUUUAAGAUGUUUAAGCUGAUAUUUGAAGUUGUUGAGGGUGAUGGUGGUGCUAUUAUCAAAUGGAGCGUGGAAUAUGAGAGGGUUAAUGAAGAAGUUGAUCCUCCAUAUGGGUAUAUAGAGUGCUUGCACAAAUGCACAAGAGAUAUUGAUCAUAAUCUUCUCAAGGAAUAGCUUCAAAAGUUUGUAAUAUGAAGCCCUAGGGAAAGUGUUUAUAUGAUCAGUAUAAUAAAUAAUGGCUUUGACAUUGCCCUAGGGUAAGACCUUAUCUGUAUAAUAAUAAUAUAUGUUUGUGAUGUUUGACAAGAAGGAUGCUUAUGAAGAUCCUUUGUUUGCAUGGAAUAAAUUUGGGUAUUUUCUGAUUUGGUUCA